GUUGCCUAUCUCCACCCUCUUCAUAACAUUUCUUUUCGCUUUUUGCCGAUUAAAAUUAUGUAUUCCCGCAUCGCACGGUCAUUGCCAUCAACAUCAACAAGAUAUGCAACGCGGACAUGGCCGCUAGCGCGACGUUACAUGGCCACAGCCGCACCAGAGCCUUCAACGUCCACCGCACCCCCGCCACCAGCACUCAACGCAGGCAGCGCAAAAGUACAGAGGAUAGUAGAUGACAUCGCUGCAUUAACCCUGCUCGAGGCAGCUGACCUCGUCAGCCAGCUCAAGACACGGCUAAACAUCCAGGAAAUCGCAAUGCCCGCUGCGUCUGCGGGACCGGCAGCAGUUGCAGCCGCCCCUGUCGAGGCUGCUGAGGAAGAAAAGCCAAAGGAGAAGACGAUCUUCAGCGUCAAGCUCGAAAAGUUCGACGCCGCUUCAAAGGCAAAGAUCAUCAAGGAGAUAAAGGCUAUCGUGCCAAAUAUGAACCUGGUGGAGGCAAAGAAAUUCGUCGAGUCUGCACCAAAAGUGAUCAAGGAGAACGUGCCCAAGGAGGAGGCUGAGAAGCUCAAGAAAACAUUCACCGACCUCGGUGCGACGAUCGUCUUGGAAUGAUCUAGUCACAACGUACACCGUACCAAUAUAAAUGCAUAAUCUCCAUCUCAG